GGGCAUGCACGUCGCGUUGGUGGCUUCCAUUUCCGUCUCCGGUGCUGUCCUGCCAGCCUGCCAGCCUGUGUGUGUGUGUGAGAGCGUGCCUCUCUCUGGCUGAGUGUGCGUGCUGUGCCUGUAGGUGUGAGGGCGCCAAGUGCUUCGUGUGUCUGCUUAACCACCAGUUAAACAACAACAGUCAAACAAAGACAUUCCACGGGGCUGGCAGCAGAUAAAUAUUUACCUUGACUGAAAAUUGUCAUAGAGUCGCAGCCGCAAUCAAAAUUUGCAAACAAACUGAGAAAUUUGGAGCGAAAAUACGAGGAGUCCGCAGCGGCAGACGCUGAUAAACAGGCAACAGUUCUGCUGAAACUCCAGCAUGGAAAUGGACGUUAAUCGCCAGACACGCCACAAUGGCAACCUAAUGACCAUAUCCGCCCGCUGUUCCAACAACAAUUCAGCAGCAACAGCAGGAACUGAGGCAGCAACCUCUUCGGCGCCACCAAGCGGCUGCUGCGGCAUCUUGAGCCGCCUCUUUUGUGUGAGUCGCCACAAGGCAACGCAGCUGGUGGCUGGCAGCGAGUGCCACAGCAACGAUCCCUUCACGUCCCAGCUGCAUGGCAAGUCGGCCACUGCAUCCGGACAGCGACGCCGACGCACGCCACAGGAAAUCUACUUCGAGAGUCGCGGCAAGUCUUGCAAGAAGCUAUUGAAAUUCAAUGGCAAUUCCAAUAAGAUAUUGCUUUAUCCUGAAGAGGGCUGGGCGCGCACUGCCUCGUCCAGCUAUUGGACCAUCACGCCCUGCUGGUGGCAGCCCAAUCGUUGCCGCAUUGUCGAGUGCGCCGGCACCCAGCGUCGGGCGACAAAGGCACGAAUGCUGCCACUGGAGCAGCAGGGCUCCCUGCUGAUUGCCGGACACUUUGGACACAGAAGCACCGUGCCACUGGCAACGGGUGCGACAGCAACAGCAGCAACAUCCGGCAGUGUGGCUGCCACUCCAACAACUGCAGCAACAGCCACUGCAGGAGCACCAGCAGCAGCGGGGGCAACCUCUCAGAUCAGAUCCAAUGGCGGCUGUCACAAGUCACAGCCGGCGUGGAACGAUGAGUUCAAGCUGUAUCUGACGUCGAACAUAUCGAUGGAGGACUACAACAUGGGCUACUGCCUCACGGGCUUUGUCGAGCGUCGCUGCCAGCUGACAAACACCUUUCAAAUGACACACUUUGCCGUCAUCAAGCGGCAGUGGCCGCCAUCGCCGUCCAAUCUAAGCAAAUCGUAAGGUUAACCCGUAAGUCCCCUCGCCCAGCCCCACACAUUUGUUGUGAUUGUGAUUCGCUAUUUGGUUUAAAAUUGGAGCUCGAUGUCGAUUUUUGUAACAUUUUUAGCCCUUAAGUAGCGUCAAGUAAUUGUUGUGCAAUCUCCAAACAAACGAAAUCAAAAGUACAGUCGAAACUUUAGGCCAGUGUCCAGAGAGCUCGAAGCCAGCGCAAGGUGAAUUCACUUGGAAGGUGGUCUCUUCAUUACGGUGAAAUCUCGAUCUCCAUCCCUUCCCAGCGCAUGGUGCAUAAGUUAUUGCUUUUUCCGCCACCUUCUAAGUACAUUUACCUGCAGCCACGGAACGUGUAACUUUAGGUUCGACUGCCACACACUUGUAUUUAGCGCGUAAAUUGUAUUUCUAUCUAAAUGUUCUAGAGAAAUGCCAGCAGCAGCAGCAGCAAGAAAAAACCCGAAAAACCGAAACUCUAUGUGUGCUUUCAGUGUUGUGUAAUACGAAAAAUAAAAUACAAAAUAAAAUACAAGCAAAGAGAAACUAACUGUUAAAUGCCAAAUGAAACUAAACCGCUUAGUCAACACUCACACACACACACACAGGCGCACACUCGUACAGUUUGCAGCACUUGAGCUUGGGCAGCUACUUAAUGCCUCGAAAAAAUACAAAAAAAAAAUAAAUAAAUGUGCAACAAAUUGAAACUUGUGCUUGUCGAAGCAUGUGAUUGUGAGUGCUACCCAGUAGAAGGGGGCAUGCCACCUACACACACAAGUGUGCAAGAGUGCUGCGUGUGCGUGUGCGUGUGCGUGUGCGUGUGCGUGUGCCGGCUGGGUACUCUCUUCUACGAUAUACACAUACAUACGCACACUUAUAGUAUGUACUUAAACGGCCAUGUUUGCGAAACUUAUUGCCUUUAAGCUUAAAAAUAUAAGCGCAUCAGCAGCAGCAGCAGCAGCAGCAAGUCAGCAGAAAAUGUGGAAAAUGCUUAAAGAUUUUCAUAGCAAAAACUGCCGUUCGGUGGCCGCCAAUCAACGCUAAAGUUCAGUCCAAAGUUUGCGCUGCACUUAGCUCUAACGCUUGCUAGCCGUCUAACUAGUAGCUAACUAUCACCAACCCCCAAAUCACCGAACUGUCCCCCACUCACCACUUAAGCCCACACUAAAACCCACUCACUAUUGUGCUCUGUCGCUCUGUCCCCACUCAUUCACUCACUUUUGAGCAUAAUACGCAACGUAUAUCAACAAUUCGUCCAAUAAUUGGAGUCUUUUUGGCGCACAAAUUGCCAAGAAAUCAAUUUGGCAAGGCCAAAGGCUCCAGUUGCCAAAAGAACCCUAA